AUGCGGGUUCGAACGUCGAUUAAAAGGCUGUGCGAGGCGUGCAGGAUCGUGAAGCGACGCGGCCGGCUCUUCGUGGUGUGCUCGAAGACGCCCAAGCAUAAACAGAGACAAGGCGCGCACACGGAGGCGGCGGGCGGGACGCGCGCGCACGAAGGAUUCGCGGCGAGCGAGGGAUUCGCGGCGAGCGGUGGUGAGGUCGAGCGCACGUGCUGCGAGAGCGCUCGGGUGGGGUCUGCGAUCGACGCGAGCGCGGUGGGCGUCGCUCAGGCGAAGUCGCGCGCGCCGACGUCUCUCUUGCCGAGGAUCGCUCGGUGA